AUGGAGAGCCCAAACAGGAAAUCUUCUCAAAAGCUUGUGAAGAGUACUAGUUCACAGCCUGCGGCUCCAUUAAGUACCAGAGGAGCAAAGAACAGCCCGCCUCGACGACCCUUCAGCAGCCAUUCUGCGGUUCUUCAAAAGCCUCUGAUAAAAGAAAAUACCAAACCAUUGGAAAUCAAGCUCCACACUCAGGAAAGAGCAGCCAGGCGUGCAUUGUUCAACUCUACGGUUGAAAUCAAGCUGAGUAUCAUGGAGCAACAGAAGAGGCAAGUUGAGAAGCUGCUAAAGAUAAUAGAUGAGGAAGAGGUUAGAAUGCUGAGAAAGGAAAUGGUUCCCAGAGCUCAAUUGAUGCCUUUUUUCGAUAGACCCUUCUUCCCACAAAGAUCAACAAGGCCUUUGACAGUUCCACGAGAGCCAAGUUGUUACCGCAAGAACUCCAGCUUCAUCUCCUGCAGAUAA